AUGAUUAUCUUGGAAACUGUCACUUCUGUUGCACCCGUUGGAUUUGAGUUCGUAGAUAGCAAAGCAAGAAGAUUAGAUCAUUAUGGUUUGUUUAAUAAGCAUAGUGAUGGGUUAGCGGGUGUAGUUUUAAGUUUAUGGAUGGUGAUGUGGAUUACAGAAAUUAUUUAUGAUUCUCUAACCUCUUUAAAUAAUACUAAUAAACAUUACAAAGAAGAAAAUGAAGAAUUAAAUGUAGAUCUUAAUGUUGAGCUAUCUUCUUUUAUUGAUUUUAUAUUAGAAAAUGAUGAAUCGAAGAAAGAAAAUUUGGAUUCUAGUAUAAGUCAGCAAGUAAUAUCUUUCAUUUCAGAUAAUAAUGGGUAUUCAUAG